AUUCACCUCUUCUUUUAAAAGUCCAUGGUUUUGGUUUCGUGUUUCAGAGUUUUCUCUUAAUUUACUAUGUGUCUUUGUUUGAUCUCUGGCUCGAAACUUAGGAAUCUCCUUUCCUCUGCAGUUGAUAAGUUGUUUUGAAAAAAGCCUAAGCCUCAAAUGAGUAAUAUAAAGCUAGGCGUUGAAGUGAUAGGCGCACAGGGUCUGUUUCAGAGAGACAAGCAUAACUCAUGUAGCCCUUUCGUGGAGCUCAAGUUCGACAACCAGAUAUUCCGCACAACCACCAAACACAACGACCCAAAUCCUGUCUGGCAUGAGUGUUUUUACUUCGUUGUCUCUGAUCCUUCCGUCUUGUCAAAUCGUACACUCGAAGCCCACGUCUACAGCUACCAGAACGAAUUCGAUGCUAAGCCCUUUCUUGGCAAAGUUCGAGUUAACGGAACAUCUUUUGUUCCUCGCUCUGAAGCAGCUCCUUUCAAUUACCCUUUAGAGAAACGCAGUGUUUUCUCUCGAGCGCGUGGAGAACUUGGCUUGAGAGUUUUUAUCACAGACGAUCCUGCUAUUACACCUUCUGUCCCAACCCCGGUUCCAGAAUCUCCUCAAGCUUUUAGCCCAAGUCCGCGUAAAGAACAUGUGAAGUCCUUAAUCACAGCUGAUGCAAGUAUAGCUGCUGAUGAGAGAAGAGAGCUAAAGCCUAAAACACGUACGUUUCAUAACGCUGCCCCUUUAGUGAAACAACAGCCAAUGAUGAACUAUGGCAUCCACGAGAUGAGAGCUGCACCGAUGCCUCCAAGAGUGGUUCAAGUCAACGGUCCAGGUCCAUCCUUGCACCAGCUGCCACCAGAUUUCUCUGUCAAAGAGACAAGCCCUUUGCUCGGAGGUGGACGGAUCGUUGGAGGACGAGUGGUUCGUGGUACAGAGAGGCCAACAAGCGGCACAUAUGAUCUCGUUGAAGAGAUGAGAUUCCUCUACGUAAGAGUUGUGAAGGCGCGUGAUCUUCCCAACAAAGACCUUACCGGAAGCCUAGACCCGUAUGUCGAAGUAAAAAUCGGAAACUUCAGAGGUGUUACCACGCAUUUUGACAAGAAUUCAGAUCCGGAGUGGAACCAAGUCUUUGCCUUCGCAAGAGAUAAUCUUCAGUCGAACUUUCUUGAAGUUGUGGUGAAGGAUAAAGACAUUGUCCUUGAUGAUUUUGUUGGGAUCGUUAAAUUCGAUCUCCGUGAGGUUCAGUCUCGCGUUCCUCCGGAUAGUCCUUUAGCUCCCGAGUGGUACAGAUUGGAGAACAAGAGAGGUGAGAAGAAGAAUUAUGAGAUAAUGCUUGCUGUGUGGUCUGGAACUCAGGCUGAUGAAGCUUUCGGGGAUGCGACUUUCUCAGAUUCAUUUGUGUCUUCAGACAGCUCCAACAUUAUAUCCGCUAACCUGCGCUCAAAAGUGUACCAUUCGCCUCGGCUAUGGUACCUAAGGGUGCAAAUAUUGGAGGCUCAGGACGUCAUCAUCGUCUCUGAUAAAGCCCGUCUUCCAGAGGCUUUUGUGAGGAUAAAAGUCGGUAAUCAGAUGUUAAUGACUAGAUUUUCCCAGAGAAGCAAUAAUCCAAAAUGGGGUGAUGAAUUCACGUUUGUAGUCGCAGAGCCGUUUGAGGAAAGCAUGGUCCUCUCCGUUGAAGAUCACACUGCUCCUAACAGAGAUGAGCCAGUAGGAAAAGCUGUGAUUUCGAUAACUGACAUUGAGAAACGUAUAGAUGAUAAACCUUUUCAUGACCGCUGGGUUCAUCUCGAAGACUCCAUCUCAGACGCUAUGGAUGCUGAUAAAGCCAAGAAAGUGAAAUUCGCUACUAGGCUCCGUUAUAAGGCGGUUCUUGAUGGAGGCUACCACGUUUUUGAUGAGUCCAUGUAUAACAGCAGUGAUCUCAGACCUUCGUCAAGAAAGCUCUGGAAAUCAGCGAUCGGAGUCUUGGAGCUCGGGAUACUUAACGCAAAUGUGUCUCAUUCGAUGAAAACUCGGGAAGGGAAAGGUACUUCGGACACAUACGUUGUUGCCAAAUACGGUCAAAAAUGGGUUCGAUCACGAACUGUAAUCAGCAACAUGAAUCCAAAGUACAAUGAGCAAUACACAUGGGAGGUUUUUGAUCCUGCAACAGUUUUAACCAUCUGCGUCUUUGAUAACGCUCAUUUCACAGCUGGAGAUGGCGGAAACAAGAGAGAUCAGCCGAUUGGGAAAGUCCGCAUUAGACUCUCGACUCUUCAGACGGGCCGUGUCUACACGCACGCUUACCCUUUACUUGUUCUACAACCUUCUGGUCUUAAGAAAAGAGGGGAGCUUCACUUAGCGGUGAGAUUCACCUGCACAUCGGUCUCCAAUAUGCUGAUGAAAUACACCAAACCUCUCCUGCCUAAAAUGCAUUACAUACUACCCUUAUCCACAAACAAACUGGAAUCUCUUAAGGCGCAGGCUUUCAACAUAAUUGUUGUUCGUUUAGGCCGGUCCGAGCCACCCCUGAGACGGGAAGUGAUUGAGUAUUUGACAGAUGCGAAAAGUCAUCUGUUCAGCAUGAGGCGAAGCAAAGCCAACUUCAAUAGGUUCACAACGGUGUUCUCGGGUGUGCUGUCGGUCUGGAAAUGGAUGGAACAAGUGUGCACAUGGAAGACUCCUGUGACGACGGCUCUGGUGCACGUGCUGUACACUAUGCUUGUAACGUUCCCGGAGAUGAUUUUGCCGACUGUGUUUCUGUAUAUGGCUGUGAUUGGGAUGUGGAAUUACAGGUUUAAGCCCAGAUUUCCUCCUCAUAUGGACGCCAAACUAUCUUAUGCAGACAAUGUGAAUGCUGAUGAGCUCGACGAAGAGUUUGAUACCUUCCCGACCGUAAGGGCUCCGGACAUUGUGAAAAUGAGGUACGACCGGCUGAGAAGUGUGGCCGGGAAGGUACAGUCGGUGGCUGGAGACAUAGCGGCACAGGGAGAGCGAGUGCAGGCGCUGCUGAGCUGGCGUGAUCCACGUGCCACCGCAAUUUUCGUGACAUUCUGUUUCAUCAUUGCCAUGGCUCUCUACAUUACCCCGUUUAAACUCGUGGCUCUCUUAUCGGGCUACUACUUCAUGCGACACCCUAAGCUCCGACACCGCAUUCCCUCCGCUCCAGUCAACUUUUUCCGUCGACUUCCGGCCAUGACCGACUCUAUGCUGAACUCUUCACACAAGACAGCUGUUCUUGAAGCGCCUGAUCUUGAUAAUGGAGAGAGUAGUGAGAUCACUGAUGUUCCUAAUUUCCGGGAGUACACUUUAGAACAGCUUAAGGCGGCUACUUCUGGUUUUGCUGUGGAGUAUAUUGUAUCUGAGCAUGGAGAAAAGGCUCCAAAUGUUGUCUAUAAAGGGAAAUUGGAGAAUCAAAAGAAGAUUGCUGUCAAGCGUUUCACUAGAAUGGCCUGGCCUGAUGCACGACAAUUCUUGGAGGAAGCGAGGUCGGUUGGUCAGCUGCGGAGUGAGAGAAUGGCAAAUUUACUCGGAUGUUGCUGCGAAGGUGACGAGAGGUUACUUGUAGCAGAGUUUAUGCCUAAUGAAACACUAGCCAAACACCUUUUUCACUGGGAAACCCAACCUAUGAAAUGGACUAUGAGGCUGCGGGUUGUUUUAUAUCUAGCACAAGCUCUUGAAUACUGCACCAGCAAAGGCCGUACUCUUUACCACGACCUCAAUGCUUACCGGGUUUUGUUUGAUGAGGAAUGCAAUCCAAGACUUUCUACUUUUGGCUUGAUGAAGAAUAGUCGGGACGGAAAAAGUUACAGCACUAAUCUUGCUUUCACCCCUCCUGAAUAUCUACGAACUGGGAGAAUUACUCCAGAGAGUGUGAUAUACAGCUUUGGCACUCUUCUGCUUGAUCUUCUCAGCGGAAAACAUAUACCUCCUAGCCAUGCUCUUGAUCUGAUUAGAGACAGAAAUCUUCAAACACUAACUGAUUCUUGCCUAGAUGGGCAAUUUUCUGAUAGUGAUGGCACAGAGCUAGUACGCCUGGCUUCUCGUUGUCUUCAGUAUGAAGCUCGUGAGCGGCCAAACACGAAAUCUUUGGUGACUGCCUUGACACCUCUUCAAAAGGACACAGAGGUCCCAUCUCAUGUUCUAAUGGGUCUACCUCACAGUGGUUCAGUCUCUCCUCUGUCCCCUCUUGGUGAGGCUUGUUCAAGAAGGGACCUGACUGCUAUGCUUGAGAUCCUGGAUAAACUUGGAUACAAAGACGACGAGGGUGUCACCAAUGAGCUCUCGUUUCAAAUGUGGACAGACCAGAUGCAAGAGUCUUUGAACUCGAAGAAGAAGGGUGAUGUGGCUUUCAGGCAAAAAGACUUUAGAGAGGCCAUUGAGUGUUACACACAGUUUAUUGAUGGAGGAAUGAUCUCUCCAACAGUGUGUGCUCGCCGUAGUCUGUGUUACCUAAUGAGUGACAUGCCAAAAGAAGCUUUAGAUGAUGCAAUUCAGGCUCAAGUGAUCUCUCCCGUGUGGCAUGUUGCGUCAUAUCUGCAGUCUGCUUCCCUUGCUUUCUUGGGAAUGGAGAAGGAAUCUCAAAUCGCACUCAAAGAGGGCUCGAACCUUGAAGCAAAGAGGAAUGCAGGUUCCCGAGUGAAGUAAGAUAUAUAGCGUUUAAAGAUUUGUCUUUUGGGAAAGAUGAAAGAACAUCUUACCAAGUAAAAGGGGUUUGAAUCUUUUGAGCACAGUGAUGGGAAAACACUCAAAGAGCAAUGCAAAACUAUAGACCCGCUUUUUCUACAGAGAUGAUUGGUUUUAUUGCUCUUCUUGUGCCUCUUUUUAUGGGCAUUGAAUUGAAGGAGUCACUUCCUUUAUUGGCUUUGAAAUCCAUUUCCUGAAACUUUAUUGUACUAAAGAAAAACCAUUAUUGCAG